AGCACAGCUCGGCGCUGCCGUCCGAGAGCGCCCAGGUCCGGGGCUACGACUUCAACCGUGGCGUGGACUACCGCGCGAUGCUGGAAGCCUUCGGCACCACUGGUUUCCAGGCCACCAACUUCGGCCGCGCGGUUCAUCAAAUCAAUGCCAUGAUAGAGAAGAAGCUGGAGCCGCUGCCGCAGGAUGAAGACCAGCACGAGGACCUGACCCAGAGCCGCCGCCCACUCACCGGCUGCACCAUUUUCCUGGGCUACACGUCCAACCUCAUCAGCUCAGGCAUCCGUGAGACCAUCCGCUAUCUCGUGCAGCACAACAUGGUGGAUGUCUUGGUUACUACGGCUGGGGGCGUGGAGGAGGAUCUCAUCAAGUGCCUGGCACCCACAUACCUUGGCGAUUUCAGCCUCAGGGGGAAGGAGCUACGUGAGAACGGGAUUAACAGGAUUGGGAACCUGCUGGUGCCCAAUGACAAUUACUGCAAGUUUGAGGACUGGCUGAUGCCCAUUCUGGACCAGAUGGUGCUGGAGCAGAACACAGAGGGUGUGAAGUGGACGCCUUCCAAGAUGAUUGCCCGCCUCGGCAAGGAGAUCAACCACCCAGAGUCAGUGUAUUACUGGGCCCAGAAGAACCACAUCCCCGUAUUGAGCCCGGCACUCACAGAUGGCUCGCUGGGCGACAUGAUCUUUUUCCAUUCCUACAAGAACCCGGGCCUGGUCUUGGACAUCGUGGAGGAUCUGAGGCUCAUCAACACACAGGCCAUCUUUGCCAAGCGCUCUGGCAUGAUCAUCCUGGGUGGGGGCUUGAUCAAGCACCACAUCGCAAAUGCCAACCUCAUGCGGAACGGGGCUGACUAUGCCGUCUACAUCAACACGGCCCAGGAGUUUGAUGGCUCUGACUCGGGUGCCCGGCCGGACGAAGCUGUCUCUUGGGGCAAGAUCAAGAUGGAUGCAGAGCCUGUCAAGGUCUACGCUGAUGCCUCCCUGGUCUUCCCCUUGCUUGUGGCUGAAACCUUUGCCCAGAAGGUAGAUGCCUUCAUGCCUGAGAAGAACAAAGACUGACAACGGUGGCCCGCCCCCUAUUUAUUUAUUUUUUCAGACUCGGCCCCUCCCCCCCCUCCUUGGUCAGUAGCACAUCUGGAAUAAAUGGUCUCAGUGGUC